ACCAACAAAAUUUAAAAACACUUUGAUCAUAUUAGUCUUUAUUAAUUAUAAUGUGCAAAAUGGCAACUACUAAGUCUUUUUUAAUUUUAAUUUUUAUGAUAUUAGCAACUACUAGUUCAACAUCUGCUACUUUGGAAGAUAUGGUGACUAUUCUUAGUAUCGAUGGAGGUGGAAUCAAGGGAAUCAUUCCAGGUGUCAUCCUUGAAUUUCUCGAAGGAAAACUUCAGGAAAUGGACAAAAAUAGAGAUGCAAGACUUGCAGAUUACUUUGAUGUAAUUGGAGGAACAAGUACAGGAGGUUUAAUAACUGCUAUGAUUACUACUCCAAAUGAAAACAAUAGACCCUUUGUUGCUGCCAAUGAAAUUGUACCUUUUUACUUCCAACAUGGCCCUCAUAUUUUUAAUUCUAGUACUGGUACAUUUUUAGGCCCAAGUUUUGAUGGAAAAUAUCUUUUGCAAAUUCUUCAAGAUAAUUUUGGAGAAACUCGUUUGCAUCAAGCUUUGACAGAAGUUGUCAUCUCAAGCUUUGACAUCAAAAGAAAUAAGCCAGUAAUAUUCACUAAGUCAAAUUUAACAAACUAUCCAGAAUUGAAUGCUACCAUGUAUGACAUAUGUUAUUCAACAGCAGCAGCUCCAACAGUAUUUCCUCCACAUUAUUUUGUUACUAAUACUAGUAAUGGAGAUAAAUAUGAGUUCAAUCUUGUUGAUGGUGCUGUUGCUACUGUUGGCGAUCCGGUACCAACACUACUUUCGAUUCAAUUUUUGAUAUGUUUUUUAUUACGACAUUAUUUCCAAAAUAUGUAAUCAAUAACUGUCAUGCGUUGUACGUGUGGAUGCAUGCAGGCAUUAUUAUCAAUUAGCGUUGCAACGAAACUUGCAGAAGAGGAUCCAGCAUUUGCUUCAAUUAGGUCAUUGAAUUUGAAAAAAAUGUUGUUGCUCUCAUUAGGCACAGGCACUAAUUCAGAGUUUGAUAAAACAUAUACAGCAAAUGAGACAGCUAAAUGGGGUAUUUUCCAAUGGAAAUCAGUUAUCCAGCCAAUGCUAGAUGCAGCAAGUUCUUACAUGACUGAUUAUUACCUUUCUACUGUUUUUCAAGCUCUUGAUUCACAAGACAAUUACCUCAGGGUUCAAGAAAAUGCAUUAACAGGCACAACUACUGACAUGGUUGAUGCUUCUGUGGCUAAUAUGGAAUUAUUAAAACAAGUUGGUGAAAAAUUAUUGAAGAAACCAGUUUCCAAAGACAAUCCUGAAACCUAUGAGCAAGCUCUAACAAGGUUUGCACAAUUACUCGUUGAUCGAAAGAACCUCCGAGCAAACAAAGCGUCUUCUUAAUUCAAGGUCUCGAAUUGUAAUAGUAACCUUACUAUGCUAAAUAAAUAAUAAGUGCUUGCAAAGUUUAUGAGGGAUAAAUUUCAUUAGAAAUGUCUCUCUAUGUAAUGUGUGUUUGGACUAUGUAACCUUUUGGUUGUGUAUAAUGUUUAAAUAAAUAAUGGUGAUUUUGUAUUAUGACAUUCCAAUCUUCUUUUUCUAAG